AUGGCCCUCCUCCGCCGCCUCUUCAAGCCGAAAAAGCCCCAGACCUCCCCCGAGCUCUCCUCCCCAGAGGAAUCCAAAUCUGCGGCCGUGGAUGCCAAACCCCCACCAGCCGAGAAACCAGCCGAGAAGCCAGCCGAAAAACCAGUCGAAAAACUAAACCAAACAGAAGAGAACCCACUAAAAUAUACCUUCCCCGCCCCCUGGGUCCACAAAGGGGCCGGGGGAGACCAAGAGACCGCCGUCGUCCUCCACACCCCGCAGGCAGCAGAACCCCCAGCCUGCACCAAGUGCGGCGAGGCCUACAACCCGCAGUACGCUGUAGGGCUCUCCGCAUUUUUAGAUGUCAGUAAAAUGCUGCUGUCAAUGCUGUGCGUGGUCCUCGGCGUGGUCGUGAUGGUGCUGAUGUCGGCGACAUGGGUGCUGACACGGGCGUCGACGCUUCUCGAGGGCGUGCAUGCCGGGCGGGAGGAGAAGGAGGAGAAGAAGAAGGAGAAGGAGGAGGAGAAAGCGCUCAUUGGUGUUGAGAAUGAGGAGGGCGGGAGUGAGGUGGUGUUACUUCGCCGCGAUAGUCAGGGAGAGCUGUAUGAGCUGGAUAAUUAUGGUGCUCACCAGCCGGAGGAGGGGUAUGAGUUUGUGCCGGAGAUUCGGCCGGUGAUUGUGUUUAGGGAGGAGAGGUUGGCGUUUGCGGCGGCGAGGAGGGCGUGGGUAGGGGGUAGGGGGAGGGGGAGGGGGAGGGCGGCGAGUUGUGAUAGGUGA